CGUGCGGCCGAGAAUGUAAGGAUGAUUUCAUAGGGGUGCGUGGGACAUUGGAAAUUCAAACCGAGUUCAUAUCAGUUGAGAAGAACGUAGGUCCGAAACCGGGAUCCGGGCUCCGAAUAUUCCCACUCGCCGGAUUGGAAGACAUUAAACAACACCACACGAGAAACGCAGAUUUUCUCCAAAUUUACGUUUUCCGUUAGCCGGGGCAAUUGCUCGGUCGACUGACUAAAGCACCAAACUUGCCCUCAGCUCGAAUUUCUUAGAGUCGGUUAAGCGAACCUAGAAAAGUUAAAAGAUUAAACCCGUAGCUGCCUUGGCGCUUCCAUGUCCGACUCUAUCGCGCAUUUAUGUGCUAAAAUCGUAUAAUUGGUGGGCAUAUAUCACCGGAAGAGCCGAGUAAGCGUGUUUAACUCGUACUCAUGUAAAGCACACAUAAUCUCAAGAGGGUCCUAGACAAGUGACUGUAACACAGCAACUAGGAGCAUAUCGAAAAUGACGACAGCACUAACAUCAACAUCAUAUCAGACACCACUGCUACGGCUGCAGCAGACAUUAGACCAUAUCCAAGCACCAUCAGACCAGACAGAUGCGCACAAACUGUCUAUCGUUCAUGGCCCAAUUGAUACCCCUCUAUGGGAUAUGACACUCGGCGAGCUGCUGUCCUUCCAAUGCCUGCGAUACCGGGAUUCCGAAUGUCUUGUCUGCCCUUGGACGGGUGCUAGAUGGACGUACGGAUAUUUAGAAGAUGAGAGCAACCAACUCGCGCGUGGACUGCUAGCCAAGGGAAUCAAACGUGGAGAUCGCAUCGGUGUGAUGGCCGGCAAUUGCGAACAAUACGUUUCUUUGUUUUUUGCGGCGGCCCGGGUGGGGGCGAUUCUGGUUGUUAUCAAUAACACCUAUACCUGCCCAGAAUUGAUGUAUGCGCUCAAGCAUGUCGAUCAGCUCGUCGCAAGCAGCAGGAGUGCUAAUGAGGGAAAAGGAUGCAAAUUACUGUUUAUUGUACCGCGAAUCGGGCGACAUAGCCUCCUCGAUGCACUGAGCAACCUGAAAACACCACUUGGGCGUUCAAACGACCUUCCCGAGCUUCAGCAAACAAUAAUGAUACGGGGCCGAUAUCGAGAUUUUGAAGUAUAUGACGACGUGAAAUAUGCAGGUCGGUCUGUCCCAAUGAAUGCCGUUCAGCGCCGGCAAGAGGAACUUUCGCCGUCAGACGUUUGCAAUCUUCAGUUCACAAGUGGCUCCACGGGAAAUCCGAAAGCAGCUAUUAACCUGAUUAAUAACUCUCGAUUUAUUGGAGAUCGUAUGGACUUCACGCAGUCAGAUGUCCUAUGUUGUCCACCGCCCUUAUUCCAUUGUUUCGGCCUAGUGCUCGGACUCCUUGCCUGUAUAACUCACGGGGCCAAGAUUGUCUAUCCAGGAGAGACCUUUGAUCCAGAAGCUGUUUUAAGAGCGAUUUCUGACGAGAAAUGCACCGGACUCCAUGGAGUUCCCACGAUGUUUGAGUCAAUCUUAUCACAUCCACGGCCUGAGGGAUUUGAUUGCACAUUCCUGAGAACUGGGAUAAUUGCAGGCGCACCGGUACCCCGGCCAUUGAUGCGGCGGUUAAUAGAUGAGCUUAAUAUGACGGAGUUUACCAGCAGCUACGGCCUAACCGAAGCUUCUCCGACGUGUUUUAACGCGAUCACCAGCGAUUCAAUCGAUCGACGUUUGACUACAGUUGGUAAGGUGAUGCCACAUGCAAGCGCAAAGAUUAUUAAUCCGCAGACGGGCAAGACCGUUCGAAUUGGCGAACGAGGAGAGCUUUGCAUGGCGGGCUAUCAAUUGUUCAGAGGAUAUUGGAACAACCCUAGUAAAACCGCAGAAUCCCUGAUUCGCGACGAGGAUGGGAGAGUGUGGCUAAGGACAGGGGAUGAGGCCGUAUUUGACAGUGAAGGGUACUGCACCAUCACAGGACGCUUCAAAGACAUUAUAAUUCGGGGCGGCGAAAAUAUAUAUCCCUUGGAGAUCGAGGAGCGGCUUGCGGCUCACCCAGCGAUCUCGCGGGCUGCGGUAGUGGGAAUGCCGGAUAGCCACUAUGGCGAAGUUGUUGGAGCGUUCUUGUCUCUUGAGGAAGGCAGUUCUCCCCCAUCAGCCGAAGAAGUAAGGAACUGGACGAGGCAAACCCUUGGACGACAUAAGGCUCCUAGGCAUGUCUUUGUAUUUGGGCACGAUCCCUGUCUUCCUCCCUUGAUGCCGCUGACGGGAAGUGGUAAAAUCCAGAAGCAAGUAUUGAGGGACUUGGGAAAGACUUUGGUAGCACAGAUAGACUAG